UUAGUAUUCCUUUGUACUGAACAGGUUCGGAAAUGAUAAAAUUAUUACUCUUGAAAAUUCCUCCUCUUUCUAUUCUCCUUUUUCCCUUUUCUUUCCACUUCCUUUAAGAAUUAUAACACAAGUAGUCCUCCUGUUACAGUAUCUAUAUAGUAGAAAUAGAAACUAGCCUCCAUCCGAUUCGCGCGCUGAUUCCCUCCAUGUCCGGCGCAGCCGCAAUGCCAGGGUUAUCGAAAGCGGCAGGAGCUUUCACCAUUACACCACACAAGCUCUCUAUUUGCAUUCUCAUUCAAGUCUAUGCUCCUCCCUCCCAAACCUCUGUUCCUUUCCCCUUCUCUUCCGUCGCUCAGCACAAUCUUCUCGGCUCCUUUUUAUUAUCUCUUACUAAGUCGUCAGAGGAUAUUUUUGAGCCAAAGCUGGAUGAACUCGUUUCUCAGCUUAAGGAAAUUGGAGGUGUAUUAAAUCAUUGGUUGAGCGACCAUUUAGCUCGCAAAUUAUCAUCGUUAGCCUCACCAGAUGAUUUGUUUAACUUUUUUAAUGACUUGCGAGGCAUACUUGGGGGUUCUGAUUCAAAUGUCAUGGAUGACGAUCAAAUCAUUUUGGAUCCGAGCAGCAAUCUUGGAGUCUUUGUUCGUCGCUGCUUACUUGCGUUUAAUCUAUUGUCAUUUGAGGCUGUCUGUCAUCUUUUGACAAAUGUAGCAACAUAUUGCAAAGAAUCUCUCUCAACUUAUGAGUUAUCACAUUUCGACGACUCUGAUAGCGAUACUGAAGCACCAAUGCACUAUGAGAACAUGGAUUUGGAGAAUUUGGUUGUCGAGAAAGUCAACAAAGAAAUUGAAUCAAGAUAUGUGGUCGACGAUAGAUUCUCUUUCCACAAUCAUGCACCUAAAGCUCUAGUUAGAGCAGAUGAAGAUCGUGAUUUUUCUCCUGGGCCACAAGUUAGAAAAAUCAAUAAGCCUAGAGAAGUUAGCGCAUGUGCAUCUUCUUCUUAUGAUGUGUCGGAUUCUGUUGAUUCUCCAUCCGGGGAUUUCUUACGUACAAACUGGCAAAUACAAGGUUAUCUAUUGGAGCAAGCUGAUACAAUUGAAAGGCAGGGAAGCUCCUUCCCUCUGAAUGCUUUUGAGUCUGUAUUGAAGGACCUUCUUAAAUUAGCUCCUGAACUACAUCGUGUUCACUUCUUGAGAUACUUGAAUAGCCUUUAUCAUCAGGACUAUCAUACCGCUCUAGAAAAUAUUCACCGAUAUUUUGAUUACAGUGCAGGGGCAGAAGGAUGUGAUUUCGUAUCCUCUUCUUCAACAGGCUGCAAUAGCUUUGGUAGAUAUGAAAUCGCUUUAUUAUGCUUGGGGAUGAUGCAUUUUCAUUUUGGGCACCCGGACCAAGCUUUGGAGGUGUUGACAGAAGCGGUCCGUGUGUCUCAGCAGCAAAAUAACGACAGUUGUCUGGCUUACACGUUAGCAGCAAUUUGCAAGUUGUUGUCUGAAUUUGGAGUCUCAAACAUGAGGGGACUUAUUGGUUCAUCCUAUUCACCAGUUACCAGUAUAGGAACUGCAUUAUCCACUCAGCAACUCUUAUAUGUUCUCCUGAGAAGAUCCUUAAAGCGAGCAGAAAGUCUAAAACUGAAACGGCUGGUUGCAUCUAAUCAUCUUGCCAUGGCUAAAUUUGACCUGACUCAAGUGCAACGACCUUUGCUUUCAUUUGGUCCAAAGGCUUCCAUGAAACUUGCAACAUUCCCAAGCAAUGUCUGCAAGGAACUGAGGUUGAGUUCUCAUCUGAUUAAUGAAUAUGUUGAUGAGGCUUUACUAAUGAUCCCAGAUGGUGCUUUUUGUACUCAAUGGAUUAAGAAUUUAAAGAAGCCAAAAGGUUCUGUUAUCUUUUCCCAGGAGAAUGAAUGUAGGAAUAAUACCAAUGCAUUCCAGUUCUGUGGGCAGCCAUGUUCCAUCCCUGGAUCGGUUCUGCAACUUUUAGGCUCUUCAUAUUUGUUCCGUGCUACUGCCUGGGAGUUUUAUGGCAGUUCUCCUCUUGCUCGAAUGAAUGCACUGCUUUAUGCAACAUGCUUUGCUGACUCAUCGAGUUUGGAUGAUUUGGCGCUAGCAUAUGGCAAGCUUAUCCAGUAUCUAGCAGUAUUUAAGGGAUACAAAGAAGCUUUUGCAGCUCUGAAACUUGCAGAGGAGAAGUUUUUAUCUCUUUCAAAGUCACAAAUUCAGCUUGUAAAACUACAAUUGCUCCAUGAUCAUGCUUUGCAUACGGGAAAUCUGAAACUAGCACAACAGUUGUGUGAUGAGCUUGGUGUUUUAGCCUCUUCAGUAGCUGGUGUAGACAUAGAGAUAAAGGUUGAAGCUAGCCUCCGCCAUGCUCGAAUACUGAUUGCAGCAAACCAAUUUAGCCAGGCAGCAGCUGUUGCACGCUCUCUCUUCUGUAUGUGCUACAAAUUCAGUUUACAAGUCGAGAAUGCCACUGUUCUUCUUUUAUUUGCAGAGAUACACAAGAGAUCAGGAAAUGCUGUUUUAGGUAUUCCGUAUGCAUUGGCAAGCCUUUCCUUUUGUAAAUCUUUCAACUUAGACCUUCUCAAAGCAUCUGCUACCCUGACGCUUGCGGAGCUUUGGCUCUCACUUGGAUCAAGUCAUGCAAAAAGAGCUUUGGAUCUCAUACAUGGGGCAUUUCCAGUACUUCUUGGUCAUGGUGGUUUGGAGCUUCGAGCUCGGGCCUUUAUCACCGAAGCAAAAUGCUAUCUUGCUGACUCAAACUUUUCAGUAUCCGAAGAACCAGAGAUGGUACUUGAACCGUUAAGGCAGGCUUCCGAAGACCUGGAACUUCUAGAGUAUCAUAAAUUGGCUGCAGAAGCUUUUUACUUGAUGGCCAUUGUAUUUGACAAGCUGGGUCAGCUGGACCACAGAGAAGAGGCAGCCUGUUCAUUUAGGAAACAUGUCACCGCUUCUUGAAAGCUCUGAUAUUGAAGAUCCUUUUCAAUAAUGUUGCUUAGAAACCAAUAUUUUUUUUUAGAACUAUUCCUUUGGUGAAUGGUUGUUCGUCUUGUUGCAGCUACUUAUGAAAGUUACUUUUAACUCUUGAUACAGAGUUCACCAGAUGGAACAACAAUUCCCAGGUCUGUUUAUUGAAGUAUGUGUUCAGUAGGAUAAUUUUCUAACUUCAUGAUAAAAACUAGAACUCUUGCUGCAAGUAUGAAACGAUUCGAAAGUCGGAAGGAAAAAUUAAGUUGAGAUGAAUGUUCCACCUUGUACUAUUUAGGUUAGUCGAGGGUUUUAGGUUUUCCUCAGUGAUGAAAGAGAUUGCUUGGUUCUAAUAACAGGAAAAAUUAGCUAAAUAAUUCAUCUGAUUGAAACUAGAGAAAGAGCCGAGGGUCUAUUGGAAACAGCCUCUCUACCUGAGGUAGAGGUAAGGUCUGCGUACACUCUACCCUCCUCAGACCCACUUUGUGGGAUUAUACUGGGUAUAUUGUCGCUGUAACAAGAGAAAGAAAUCAUCUUUAUUCUGUGCUCAACUGGAAAAUUGAGGCAAUAUCAUAACUGGAAGUUGGGUCUAACAUCUGGCAUUACUCUUCUGCUGUUGUACAAGAUAGACAAUUUUAUUUGUUUAUUCAUGUAUUUAUUUAUUUAUUUUUGUGGGGAAUGGCCCUUACCUGUUGUCUAUUGGACAUUUAUCUCCUCAUUCUGUGAAAAAAAAAAAAGCAUAAUACCUUUUUAUGCUCUUAGAGAUCUAAAUGGGGAAGGAAGAGUUCUGAAUUACCAAAUACACGCCACCUUAAGCAUGAUAAGCUUGCCUGCCUAUCCUCUUUGCCUUUUCUAUUGAUACCAGGACAUUCCCUUCUAUUUACAGCUGGAUCAAAAGGCGAAAGAGUUUUCUUACUCCAGUUGGUUUGUUCGCUAGAACUAUCUGAUUUUCUAUUCUUUUUUCCGGUCACAGGCAGCAGGUGAAGCCGUUUCCUAUCCUUGCCUACAUCCUUGUUACAGCUUUGUUGUUCAUGCACCAUUAGAAGCAUUGCCAUCAGAGAUACAUGUGGACAUUGAUCUUGAUAUAAAGGCCGGGAAGGCAUAGUAGAUGUGCCUUUCUGAUUUUAUGAAAUUUUAGAAACUCUUAUUUCUUGGCAAUUGUGUCGUCCAUAUAUCAGGUUGGGCCACACUCGUAAAAUUAGUGCUAGAUGGCUGGUAUGCUAGUGAGAGUACCGACAUUUUCCAUUAUGAUUGAUAGAAGAUUGCCAUGAUUUUCUUGCCUCGCUUGGAAGGCCUAGGAGGUUAAGGCUAAAUAGUUUAGCUGGGGAUUCAGACUAGAUGUCCACAAUCUCUGAUCACGAUAGAGGUCUAACGAAGAUCCCUGAACAGAUUGUCUGCAGUAAGAAUCAUUUCCAAAUUUUCUGAUGACGUGUAUGUACCUUUCUGUAGUUUAUGUCCAAGUUUGGAGAGAAAGCAUUGUACAA